CGGCUGGGGAGAGGAUUUAAGGAGGGCCGCCUUUUAAAAGCCCUCUUUCUCAGUGUCUGAUUGCCAUUACCCCUUCGCCUCUUUCUAGGGUUUUAGCCUUCUUCUUCUUCUUUCUUCUUUCUUCUUGCUUCUUCUCCGUCUCUCUCUCACAUAUUUUUCAGCAAAAAAGUAGGAAAAAAUUCACAAUGAGCAACGACAAGGACAACUUCAACAUGUCCGAUCUCAACGCCGCUCUCAACUUGGAGGAUCGAGCAGACCUCGUCAAUGCUCUUAAGAAUAAGAUUCAGUCUCUGGCUGGACAACACUCCGAUGUGCUUGAGAAUCUUACUCCAAAAGUCAGGAAACGUGUCGAGUUUCUCAAAGAGAUCCAGAGCCAACAUGAUGAAUUAGAGACAAAAUUUUUCGAGGAGAGAGCAGCUCUUGAAGCCAAAUAUCAAAAGUUGUAUCAACCACUAUACACCAAGCGUUAUGAGAUUGUAAAUGGUGUUGUUGAAGCUGAAGGAGUUGCAGAUGAAGCAAAAACGGAAGAAGAAGAAGAUAAAGCUGCUGAAGAGAAAGGAGUGCCCGAGUUCUGGCUGACUGCAAUGAAAAAUAAUGAGGUGCUAGCUGAUGAGAUUUCUGAGCGUGAUGAAGGAGCUCUGAAACAUCUCAAAGAUAUUAAGUGGACUAGGAUAGAUAAUCCAAAGGGGUUCAAGCUUGAGUUCUUCUUUGAGACCAAUACUUAUUUCAAGAACGCUGUCUUGACAAAGACAUAUCACAUGAUUGAUGAAGAUGAACCUAUUCUAGAGAAAGCAAUUGGGACUGAAAUUGAAUGGUAUCCAGGAAAAUGCUUGACACAGAAGCUUCUUAAGAAGAAGCCUAAGAAGGGAUCAAAGAAUGCCAAGCCAAUUACUAAAACUGAAAGUUGUGAAAGCUUCUUCAACUUUUUCAAUCCACCUCAAGUCCCUGAGGAUGAUGAAGAUAUCGAUGAAGAUGCUGCUGAGGAGCUCCAAAAUCAAAUGGAACAAGAUUAUGAUAUUGGGUCAACUAUUAGAGAUAAGAUCAUCCCCCAUGCUGUGUCAUGGUUUACCGGGGAGGCUAUUCAGGAAGACGAGUUUGGAGACAUAGAGGAUGAUGAUGAAGAAGAUGAUGUUGAAGAGGAGGAUGAUGAUGAAGAGGAGGAUGAUGAAGAAGAAGAAGAUGACGACGACGAUGAAGAAGAUGAAGAGGAAUCCAAGCCUAAAAAGAAGUCAUCAGCCGGACACAAGAAGAGUGGAAGAACACAAGCUGCAGAUGGUCAGACGGGUGAGCGGCCUCCAGAAUGCAAGCAACAGUAAAAUAGUAGAGAUUGUUGUAGCAGGAGAUGUUAAAUGCAUGAGAGUUGUCCUGGGGUCACUGCAAUGUUGAUUGAGAAGGGAUUGUUGGGCAGUUUUGGAUGGUUCUUAUUACUUUUCAUAUUUUUUUCCCUCUAUGGUGAAUGAUUUGAGUCUUUUUUCUCCUCCUCCAUGUUGGUUUGAAGAGACUGGUUUUAUAGUGAGAAAUGGGCUGUGAUUUGUUGAUGCAUGUUGGGGUUAUCUGAAUGUCAAUGUAUCCAGAAACUCUUCUACUAUAUCUAUGUUUUAUCAGUCCCUUUUUUUA